AUGCUGCAUAGAAAGUAUUUCAUGCUUUCAUCGCCACCAGAGGUGUUUAUAUUCUCCAGGAAUGCAACAAAGUUUAUUUUCCUCCUCCUCGCUCUGAUGGCCGCCUGCAUGGACUGCAUGCCCACCACAUCCCCUGGUUACGCCAUCGUUGUUGACGCUGGCAGUUCUGGCACCCGAUGUUGGGUCUACAAGCUGACGCCUGUCGCUGGUAACAAACUGCCAAAAAUUGAAAUUGUUAACAAAGAAAAAUACAAAGGCGGCAUGGCGAAGCAGAUCACUGAAAUUAAAGCAAGUCUCGAAAAAAUUGUAAAAUUUGCCAAAACUCACGUACCGGCUGAUCAGCAUGCAAAAACUCCGAUAUACUUCAUGGCUACUGCAGGAAUGCGGUACUUAGCUGAAAAUUCGGCAACGAGUGUAUUUGAUUCCAUUGACCACUUCCUCUCUGAUCCGGCGAAGUGUCCAUUUCAGCACGAGACACCAGCUCGUAUUUUAUCGGGCCAGGAAGAAGGAACAUUUGCCUGGCUUUCUGUCAACUAUCUCAAAGGAGUUCUAGAUGAUGAGACAUUGAAAGACCCAACUUCGAAAACAUUUGGAGUACUUGAGAUGGGCGGAGCAUCGGUUCAGAUCACAUUCGUUCCUCGAUCACAGAUUCUUGAUAACGUCUUCCAAUUCAAAUUCCAUCGAAAUAAAUUCCAUAUCUACUCGCACAGUUACUUGAACUAUGGCCAGGAGACUGUUAGAGAAAUCCUCGACAAUUCAACACUUUCUCGAAACAACCGCCAUCUAUCCUCUAAUUACGUACUUAAUCCCUGCCAGAUAAAAGAUGAUACGAGGGCAGCUAGUGAGUCUUUGAACACUUCGUUGCUCGGCACUGGCCACUUUGAAGAAUGCGUGGAUAUGAUCCGAGAUAUGUUUGUCAUUCCCAACAAAAACUGUGCACCUGGGCCGUGUACAAUCAAUAAUAUCUACCAGCCAUCCAUACCACGUAACCAGACAUUCUUCGCCAUCGGAGUCAUUUACAAGGUUCUCAGAGAUUUAGGCAUCGACACAAGCAAACCUGUAAAACCUUCUGUCAUCAAAUACGAAGCAACUCGCUUCUGCAGUCAGAACAUACCCAGUUUAACGGACUUCCAAAAACUUGCCUGUCCGAUCGGGAUCUACCUUUACGUUUUGUUGGUCGAUGUCUUCAAGUUUGCCGAAGACAGCGAACAAAUUAUUACCAUUGAAGAAAUUAACGGCAAAACCAUAGGUGAUUUUAUGUUGAAUGUGCUCUCAUAA